AGACGAGCCCAAAAAUCAAGAUUAUGGCGGGUGCCGCGCCAGACCUAUCUGCGGCUACAUUCCAAAUUUUCGACGAGUCGCAUACGAUUGGAAAUGCUCUGCGGUGGAUGAUCAUGAAAAACCCGAAGGUGGAGUUCUGUGGAUACAGCGUGCCCCAUCCUUCCGAAAACCUCAUUCAACUGCGAAUACAGAUGUAUGAUGGGCUUUCGUCCUUGAAUGCGCUCCUUGAAGCACUGACGAAUCUUGAUGCCGUAUGUGAGACCGUCGAACACAAGUAUCACGCAAGUCUUGCUACGAAUGACUAUGAGCGGUGGGAGGAGAGGAGCUAGGCAGUGCUGGUGUGUGCAACAAUUGACUUGCCACUUUCACGACGGGCGCACUGUCGUUUAUUCGUUGUGCACGCGAUCAUGUCACGGUGGACCACUCACUUCUGGAGUUUGGUGCAAUAUCAGAUGCAUUUUCGGAUGUCUAACAGAAUGAGUAUCCUGCAUGUAACGAUUUGUCUUGCGAACUUGUUUAUCAAGUGAGUAUCAUUGAUCAGCUGGGAUGUUGACCUUGGCGAUACUUUCUGUGAGUAGGUUCCACAGGUAAUGAUGGCAGUGUCGAGUUCAUGUGGGCUAUUUAAAGCUGACUGCAGGGUUGAACUCAGUACACAACCGAACAAUGGUGCAUGACCAAGUAACGUUAACCCUAUGAUUUAAUUAGCAUGCUUUGUAAAUCCAAAUGACGGUGGUUUUUUGUAU